AUGGGCUACAGGUCAUCGCAGCCGUUCGAGAGAGGCUUCGUCUUCCCUAUAGAUCCCGUUGGGCCAGUGGCGGAGGGCUCGUUGCGGACGGGGCCUUCGCAAGGCCCUACCACUACCCAGCAGCAGCAGCAGCCCCCUGUCUGGGCCGGCCCCUUCGCCCAGCAGCCCUUCGGCGGGACCUGGUCGACGACCACCGCGACGCCGCAGGUGCCCACCGAAGUGCAGGGCCAGUUCUCGAGAAUCACCCGCGCCGCCUACCAGCGCCAUCUUCAACAGAUCCAACCUAGAGCAGAGAGUACGAACACCGCGGCUGAAGGGCCUUGCAGCGACAGGCACGCGCAGUGGGCGACCUACGAGGCAGAGGCCAACGAGGCCAGGGAUCGGGCCGACAGGGCCGAGCAGCUGCUGGAGAGCGUGCUCACGGCAGAGAAGAAGGCGGUCCAACGCGGGGACGAGCUUGAAAGGGAGGUGGCGGAGCUGAAGAAAUACAAGGGCGAGAAGGCGAGCCUAAGUUCCUGUUCCAUCGACGAGCUCAAGCUCAUCGACGAAGCCCUCAAGCAAGGGCGGAAGAACGUGAAGGCUGUGCUCCAGGCCAAGGAGAAAGAGCAGGACGCGAGACCGGAAUGUACAGUAUGCUUGGACAAGCCCAGAGAGACUGUCUUCCUGCCGUGCCAGCACAUGGCCUGCUGCGAUGAGUGCGGCAAGCAGCUGAAGGCAUGCCCAAUCUGCCGAUCAGCUGUGAAGCGCACGGUCUUCGUGCACCACUGCUGA